GUGUGGGGUAAGAAGGAAGGAAAUGGAGAAGGAGGGAGCAGGGAGAAAGGAGGGGACGCAUCUAUAAAUAGUUCAAGAGGGAACCCGCUGAUCAGACCUCGCUUCUCAGACCUCGCUUAUCGCGUUUCACACACCUUCCUCCCUUCUCUUUCAGAAAAAGUAGUUCCCGGUGACUUGCUGAGUUUCCAUCUUGGCCAAAGCUCCACUGCGGGUGCAGAGCUGCCCAGCUUCGAGGAGGACGCGGGGAGGGCUGAGAAGGUCGAGGAUGGUGGUGGUGGUCCUGCUGGGGCUCGGCUGGCUGUGCACCCCCCUGGGAGCCCUAGUUCUGGAUUUCAACAACAUCAAGAGCUCUGCUGAUGCACAAGGGGCCCAGAAGGGUUCACAGUGCGUGUCUGACAAGGACUGCAGUACUAGGAAAUUCUGCCUCAAACCUCGGGAUGAGAAGCCGUUCUGUGCCACCUGUCGUGGACCACGGAGGCGGUGCCAGCGUGCUGCCAUGUGCUGCCCCGGGACGCUCUGCGUGAACGAUGUCUGCACUGCAGCGGAAGAGGCAGCCCUGGGACUGGAGAGGGGGAUGCAUGACCAAGACGACGCAGACACACAAGCAACAACUGAGCACCCAAUUCAGGAAAACAAACCCAAGAGGAAGCCAAAUGUUAAAAAGUCACAAGGCAGUAAGGGACAAGAGGGAGAAAGCUGUCUCAGAACUUUCGACUGCGGGCCUGGACUUUGCUGUGCUCGUCACUUUUGGACCAAAAUCUGUAAACCGGUGCUACUGGAGGGACAGGUCUGCUCUAGGAGGGGUCGCAAAGACCCUGCGCAGGCUCCGGAGAUCUUCCAGCGCUGUGACUGUGGGCCCGGGCUAGCGUGUCGCAGUCAGGCGGCUCGAAACCGGCAACACGCACGGUUGCGACUGUGCCAGAAAGUCUAACGGCUGCAGGUCUGACCCAGCAGAAGUCUCAGGCGUGCACUUGCGCAUCUCCCCAUCUACACAUCUUAAAAUCCAAUCUCGUAGCGAGUGAAACAGACCAAGCUGGAGAAGCUGUCUUGUGAUGAAUGGAAACUAGUUUGGCUUUUUGUCUGUUUCUGCAAAGUGAACGUGAUUCUAGAACAAAUUUAAGUUCAUCUAGUGAUUCAGUUAGUUCAAAUAAAUCUUUUAAGUAAUUUCUGGUGAAGUUCUGAUACCUCACGGGAGUUGGACGGGGAGGCGGAGUGACAGUGUAUAUGUUGUUAAAUUAGCUUACCAGGGAAAAUGAUCACAUAUUUUCCUUAAAACCCCUAUUGUUUAUAAUCCUUCAUUUUUUGGAAGGGAAAUGCCUUCUCACUACAGAAACAAAACCUUGGUUAAUAAAGAUAUGAUU